AUGACAGAUUAUGAAGCAGAAUUAUUAGCUGAUUUAGAUAGUUCAGAUGAUGAAGUUAUUGAAACUAAUGACAAUCAAGAAGAAGAGGUAGAAAAAAUUAACAACAAUGAUAAUCAACUUGCAUUUCAUGAGAAAUUGCAAAAGUUAAUCCAAUCUAAUGCCACAACUGAUUCUUUCCAAUCAAUUAUGGGUCAACAAAACAUUGAAACCAUUAGUGAUUUGACUAGUUUAUUAAAGAUAAGACCAUUGAUUCCUGAAUUGAAACAAAAAAUAGUUCAAUAUUCUAAUGAAGAAGAGACUGAUUACUUGGAAUUGUUAUCAUCAAUAGAUGAUGGUAUGGAUCAAUCAGAAGAAUAUAAAUUCAUAAUACUUAUCAAUGAAUUAUCUACAAUCAUCAAUAAUGAAAUUCUUGUGUUUUAUUCUUUGGUUAAGAUGCAAUAUAAAGAAGUGUUUCCAGAACUAGAAUCCUUAAUUCCCAACGCAAUAGACUAUGUUCGUAUAAUAAGCAUAAUCAAGCAGGAUUUACCAAAUAUCAAAUCCUAUGAACAAGAAAUGAAAUCUAUUGUUAGUAAUGAAAAAGUAUUGGUUAUAAUUAUGGCAGGUCUACAGCAAGUGCAAAAUCAGACCAUGUUAGAUACUGAAGAAAUCACAAAAAUCCUAUCUUGUAUCACUUUGAUUCUAGAAUUGAAUGAAAUCUUACAAGAAUUGUCAGAGUUUAUAUCAAACAAGCUAUCCAAAUUUGCUCCCAAUAUAUCAGCUAUAAUUGGUCCAAUAACAACAUCACAAUUGUUAAUUGCAACAGGAUCGUUGAAACAAUUGGCAUUAACACCUUCUUGUAAUGUGGCAUCAUUGGGUGUAAGAGAUUUAUCUACUACUACCAAGACCAAAUCAAGAAAUAUUCAACAAACGGGUUAUGUUUAUCAUAGUGAGUUAGUGAAAUAUUUACCUCCAGAUAUUAUUCGUUCAGUAAUGAGAAUCAUCAGUGGGAAAAUAAUUCUUGCAGCACGUAUAGACUUGUCUAAAUCAAGUCCCGAUGGUGAAUUGGGUAAGAAAUAUCUUGAAGAAAUUAAAGGCAAAAUAGAUAAAUUAUUAACCCCUCCAGAACAAACUCCUGAUAAAGCGUUACCUGCUCCAGUUGAACAAAAAUCUAAAAAGAGAGGAGGUCGAAAAGUAAGGAAGUAUAAAGAACGAUUCCAAAUGUCUGAUUUGCGUAAAGCGCAGAAUAAAAUGGAGUUUGGUAAACAAGAAGAGACGAUAAUGGACGGAUUUGGUGAGGAGAUUGGAUUAGGUAUGACUGGUAAUAGUAGUAGUUCAGGAAGAAUUGGACAAUUGCAAGUUAACUCCAAAACAAAUGCCAAAAUGUCUAAAGGGAUGAUCAAAAAGUUGCAAACUCAACAGAAGCAAGAAGAAGAAAAAUUGAAAAACCCGAAAACUAUUUUUGAUGAAGAUUUGGAUAGUUUAAUCCUUACAAAGCCCAAAUCAACCCCUAACAAACUUCAAUUAAACAAUGGUAAUCCAAUUAAAAGUAAAUGGUUAGGAGGGUUAAACAAAAGAAAGAUACCAGACGAUGUAAAUGGGGAAGUCAAUAAAAAACAAAAGUUGGAAUGA